CGGCGCUAGCUUCCAUUUGACACCCGGGGCAGCAGGGAACCAUCUUGACCCCCGUGACUCUCUGACGCUGUCACGGACCCCGGCCUGCCGACGUGGCGGGGCGGAAGAAGAGCCGCUGGCUGGCACCAAACGGGUCACCAUGUCUCAGGCUGUCCCCUCCGAUGCAGAGCCGUGCGCAGACAGCGGACCUCUGUCCGAACGCGCUCCCCACGCUGACCCCGGCCCUCGCCAGGACGAUUCGACGGUCCUCGAGCAGCCGAAGGCUUCGCUGCCGUCUUCUCUCCGCGCGGAGAGCACAGACGUCCCCCAUGGAGCCGGGCAAACGGCCGCGGAGGACACUCCCGCCAAAGCUGAGACAUCCGAGGGUCCGUCAGAGCCUCCUGCUGAGGAUCAGGUGGUUGAAUGUGACCAAGCAGUGAGCCUGGAGCCAGAUCCUGAGAGCUUGGAGAAGAAGGAGGAAGAGGAGAUGUCCGUGCAGCAGAACGAACAGGGCUGGGGAGGCUGGAGUACUUGGGGAAAAUCUCUGCUGAGCAGUGCCACCUCCACCGUUGGGCACGGCCUGACCUCUGUCAAGGUGAAGGCAGGUGAGGCUCUUCGUCUCCACAGGACCUCGGUGGGAGAGGAGGCGCUAGAAGAGGAGGAGGAGGGAGCGGUGGAGAAGAAAGAGGAAGGAGGAGAGCCGGAGGGACCAAGCUCAGAGGAGCCGUCCCCUGGGAGCUCUGAUCCUGCUGCUCCUGCUGCAGCAGCGUCCAGCAGGGGGGUUUUCUCCUCCAUCACGCACGCUGUUCAGAACACAGGUAAGUCGGUCAUCAGUGGAGGACUGGGGGCCUUGGAGUUCAUCGGGAAGAAGACCAUGAAUGUUCUGGCUGAGAGUGACCCGGGUUUUAAAAAGACCAAGACCCUGAUGCAGAAGACCGCCUCACUGAGUCAGAUGUUGAGGGAAGCCAAGGAAAAGGAGCGCGCGCGUCUGAGCAACCAGCCGCUGAGUGCACCCACAGCUCACUACGGCAUCCUCUUUGACGACUACCAGGGUUUGUCCCACCUGGAGGCCCUGGAGAUCCUGUCCAACGAGAGCGAGGCCAAAGUCCAAGCGUUCCUCUCCUCCCUCACGGAGGAAGAGCAGGAGGAGGUGAAGAAGGAGCUGAUUUUCAUCAAAGAGAUAUUCAUCAAGCAAAAUGAAGAAGAGAAAGAAGAGGAGGAUGGGGAGGAAGCGGGAGGAGAGGCGAAGGAUAAUGGUGAUCUAAGUUCCCAAAUACACUGUUCCACCCCCAUACCUGCUGACGGUGAGGAGUUUGUUAGUGUUCUGACAGAGCUGCUGUUUGAGCUUCAUGAUGCUGCGACGCCGGACAAACUCAACAAGGCUCGUAUGAGAGCCCAUGAAUGGGUGAACAAGGUGGAGCAGCUGGGAGGAGAAGCGUUUUCCGGAGAGAGCACAGAGGAUCAGAAGGAUGAUGGCCAGCACAAAGAGGAGGAGAAGAAAAUUGAUGAGGAGCAGCAACACGAGGACAAGAGGAGUGAUGAGGAAGAGGAGGCAAAACAGACUGACCUCCGAUCUGUAGAGACCAUCUACCUAUCAUCAGUGGGCAGUCUGGCAGAAGUGACGGCUCGCAGUAUCGAGCAGCUCCACAAGGUGGCAGAGCUCAUCCUUCAUGGUCAAGAGCAGGAGAAGCCAGCCAGGGACCAGGCACAAAUCCUAACCAAGUUGACAUGUGCCAUGUGUAAGGAGGUAGAUUCUCUGACCAAGAGGUUCUCUGGUACACUUCAUCUAGUUGGGGCCCAGAGGAAAGCGGAGGAGUUGAAUCCACUCGUAGACAGCGUCCUGCAGGAGGGGACCAACAGCACCAACUACAUCCAUAAUGCAUUUCAGCUGCUGCUGCCAGUCCUGCAGAUCUCCCACAUCCAGAGCCAGCACCACCAGCCCGCUGCAGCAGAGCCAGCGGCACAGCUGCAGCACUGACACCCUCGGCGCAUCCGCUUGUCUUAAUGUACAGUUGUAAAGUUAUGCAAACUACUCAGUGCUUUUUAUGUGCCAUAACGCAGGAGAUAAAAUGACUGAGAGAGUAAAAAUUCUUGAAGGAAGGAGAUAAAUCAACUAUUAACAUAUAACUAUGAUGCGUGUCUCCGCUUCCUGUGUAAGAAAACCACCUGUCUGUUGUGCAGGUAAGAUAUUGCUUUACGGGAUUAAACUUCUGUAAAGUUCAGUGAAGUGCAGUUACACAAGCUUCUCUCACUAAGACCCGAUGCUGCCUUACAGCUUGUGCUGACUCUAAUGAAACAAAAUGUAGACGAUAAGAAAACAACAGACACAAAGGAGCUUGAUGAAUAUGUAAAUGUAAUGCUCUGCUUGUGCAGUGAUCAAUUUCUAUUUAUAUGACUGAUGUAAUUAAGAAUCACUUUCCUGUUCCUGUGUGCUACUGCAUUGCUCGGAUAUAGGUUGGUAAUGCAGUAAAAAAAAAAAAAAAAAAAAAAAAAAGGUCCGGGUAUGUCUUUGCAGAAGCAGAAAAUUAGAAACUGUUCUGAAGAACAGCAAUUUUCAUUAAUAUUGCUCGUUCUUUAUACCACUCACAGACGAUUAUCAAAAAUGGUAACAACACAGAGGUGGCCUUAACCGUUAUCCUCUGCUUUGAAACUAAAGGUUAGUAUUUUCUUAAGUUGCCUUUUUGUUUUUACAUUCAAUUAUAUGAAGCAACACUACCUUGUAUUUUGCUAAAAGUUUGGUUUAUGUAUUUUGUUUCCUUUUAUUAUAUCUACUGAAUGUGUCAAAAAGACUCUUUAAAGGUUUUUGUGUGUGCUGCUGCAAAUAAAGAAAAUGUUAACAUAACUGAAAACACUGCUUUAAGUAUGGAGCUGGAGCUGCUUAUGUUAGCAUAAGUAAGCAAAGGAACCUCUAACAUCACUGCACUAAAGCGACAAAUGGUACAGAAGGAAGAAAAAUAUAUCAACAAGUGCCGUUCAGUUCAUCCCUUUCCCCUUCUGUACUUUAGAAGUUUGUCCAAACUUUGUGGAUGUUUUGGACCUGCUUUGACAUUUUAGUGUAUAAAGUGAUCUUCUAUGAUAAAUUGUCUACUGUAUGGACAUAUGUUGCAACUCUAAUAAAUAUUAUCCACUAGCA